UGAAUUAGCCUCCAUCUAUGCAAUUGGGUUUGUAAUUAAUCUAUGUUUAAUACUUCUAAUUAGUAUCCAAACAUUCGAUGUGAUAGAAAUUUUAGUAGGGACUAAAGAACCAAACACCCCUUGCAUCUUACUCCGAAGAUUCCAUUGUUUGGCCUCGUGAUAUCUGUCUGGAUUGCUCACUUUCAUCUCAAUGUAAUUUGUUCCAUCGCCCUUUGGUGGCAGUGGAAUUUGAAUUCAGAUCAUGACACUAUCUGUGCCCAAUCGUAAGCUGAACUAACUAAUUUGUUGCCUACUUUUUUUUUUCUGAACUGAGUUGCUGGAUUGUUUUCAUUUUCUCUCUCUUAUAUCUCGCUUUCCUUUAUCUCAGAUCAUGUUUUUCUGUUGUCGAUUAUCAUGGAACAGCUGCGCAGAUGCUGACCAUGUAGAUUCUGUUGCCAUAACGUAGAGAGAAUGUCACUCAACGCCGAGACCAAGAACAAGAUCAGGCACCCAGAUUUCUUUCACCAACUGUUCAUCUUCUGACCAUCCCCUCUCCCGCCCUCGCCGGCGUUCCCCGGCAUGACAAGCAUGGAAUCGUUUCAUGUGGAGAGCGGCGAGCGAGAAGCAGUUGACUUGCCGAGACUUGAUCCGCAGAAAAGCCAUGCUUGGUUCCAACGACACUCGUUCUGGUCAGAGCCUCAGAGACGACGCACCCCUCCUCCUCCCGGCUAUAAGGCCUGUACGGGCACACCGUGCCACUCACACCAGCGUGUCCACCUUUACCUGCCAUCGUCUCAUCCUCGGCCUCACCCUUCAACCAGAUUGCCAUGGCCUCCGUCCGGGCGCUGCUCGCCUGCGCCGCCGCCGCCACCGUCUUCCUCGUCGCGGCGGUGGGCGCCCAGCCGAUGGACCCGAACAACCCCAUCAUGUCGGACCCGAACGUGAUCCCCGUGUACAUGAGCCCCGGCUCUCCCCCCACCUACGUGAGCUGCUACAACAACACCCAUGGCGAGCAAGGGUCGGAGCCCACGUGCUCCAUCCUCGCCCGCCAGUGCCCCCGCGGCUGCCGCGACACCUGCUACGUCCACUGUCCCACCUGCAAGCUCGUCUGCCUGUGCGAGCUGACCGGAACGGAGUGCUACGACCCGCGCUUCGUGGGCGGCGACGGCAACAAGUUCCUUUUCCACGGCCGGCGGGACGCGGACUUCUGCCUGGUCUCCGACGCCAACCUGCACAUCAACGCGCACUUCAUCGGCAAGCGCGGCGCCCGGGGCGCGCGGGACUUCACGUGGGUGCAGGCGCUGGGCAUCCGCUUCGGCGGUCACCGCCUGUACCUCGGCGUCCGGCGGACGGCCACCUGGGACGCCGCCGUGGACCGCCUCGCCAUCACCUUCGACGGCGCGCCCGUCCCGCUCGACGCCGCCGCCGGCGCCAGCUGGAGCCCCACCGCGGCGCCCGCGCUCUCCAUCUUCCGCACGGGCGCCGCCAACGGCGUGGUGGUGCGCCUCGACGGCCGGUUCCGGAUCGUCGCCGACGCGGUGCCCGUCACCGAGGAGGACUCGAGGGUCCACGGCUACGGCAUUCGCCCCGAGGACGGCAGCCUCGCGCACCUCAACGUGGCGUUCAAGUUCUACGCCAUCAGCGCCGACGUGCACGGCGUGCUGGGCCAGACCUACAGGCCGGACUACGUGAGCGCCGGGGUGGACGCCGGCGCCAGGGUGCCCGUCAUGGGCGGCGCCGCCAGGUACCAGGUGUCGGACAUCUUGGCCACGGAUUGCGAGGUGGCGCGGUUCGCCGGCGACGACGCAGGGCUCGCCGGGCCCAUGGACAUCAUCGAGGAGCCCACCGACGCGCUCUGCGGUAGCGGCAAGGGCGGCGCCGGCCUGGUCUGCAAGAAGUGAGUGAAGCCGGCCGGCGGCGAGUUCCCCCCGGUGACAAGAUCGAGGCGCCCGCUGGUUUAGUGUGCCUUUUUUUGCUUCGCGUGUCUAAUUGCGUAUACGUGCGUGCUGACAUAUAUAGCUGCUGCAGCGACGAAGAGGUAGUAGUUCUAUGUGUGGCGACCGAAUAAAAGCCGUGGUGUGACGUGUCUUGUGUUCGUCGUGACCGAGGGCAACGCUGGAAAAGUGGCCUGUUGCUCCGGUGUCGGAAGUGUAGUGUUUGCUCGGAUUGGAUCCGCAUGGUGAAAAUUCCUGCCGAUCGAAUCCUAGCUACUUUUGUUCUUUAAUUCAAACUAAAGUUCUCUAAUCGCGUAAAAGGUUCUCUAAACAAAUUACAGAUACUUUGAC